AGCAGCAGUUGCCUUUUGUACUCCUAGAAAAGCGGUCGGAUUUCGUCAUUCGGUUUGCUUUUAAUUAGUUUUGGCUGACAUACAUUCAUUCUUUUCAACUGUAACUUUAAAACCUCAUUCAUAAAGUCUACUUAUUUUUAUAGUUGAAGCUCUGUGAUUAAUAUUUAAUUUAGUGCCACAACAGAACAGUUUUUGUUUACGCGUGUUACGUAUGUUAUGUGUUCUUAGGCCUCAGAUCGAAUAUAUGUUGAGAUAUAUAUACGUAUUGUUGAUUAAAAAUGGGGGAAAAAAGAAGUGUAAUGAAAGCAGUGGUCUCGGAUGAUCUUCCGGAAAAUCCCCGAGAAUAUUCCAACUUCAUUUCGGCCAGCAGUUUUUUGUAUACAAUUCCUACUUUUAUUAAAGGAAGCAAGAUUACGUUGAAUGUUACGGAUUUGUAUAAGGCUUUAAAGGAGCACAAGUCUGACAAGUUGGGCAAUGAACUAGGUUCCUUAUGGAGCCAGGAACUAAAAACAUCCAAUGGGAAUCCGAGUCUUUUGAGAGUCCUUAUACGGCAAUUCGGAGGUUACUUCGCAGUCCUGGGAUUAGCCAUAUUUAUUGUGGAAAUAUUCUUUCGAGCGAUGCAGCCUUAUUUCCUUAAGAAGCUUAUAUCCUACUACAACCAAGGACCUCAUACCGUGGAGGACGGAUACAUCUAUGCCGGCGGACUGAUACUGACUCUCUUCCUCCUUGCCAUCAAUAUAUAUACCUGCUUGUUUGCCCUAAGACAUCUAGGCUUUAAGAUCCGUGUGGGCCUUGGCAGCUUGGUAUAUAAGAAGGCUCUUCGGCUGAGCAAGACUGCCCUGGGAGACACCACGGCAGGCCAUGUGGUCAAUCUUAUAUCGAACGACCUUAGCCGUUUGACGGAUGACUCCUAUUAUGGGCAUUAUUUAUUGGUGGGUCCUCUACAAACCCUUCUUAUCACUUAUCUGAUGUACACUGAGAUUGGAAUUGCUGCCGUAUUUGGAGUUGCCUUUAUGAUGUUUUUCAUACCCUUAAAUCUUUAUCUUGGAAAAAGGACCGCAGCUUUGCGUCUGAAGAGUGCAGAGAAAACCGACGACAGGGUUCGUUUAAUGGGCGAAAUAAUCUCGGGAAUUCAGGUGAUCAAAAUGUAUGCCUGGGAGUUGCCCUUUGAGCGGAUAGUGUCAUACGCCAGGCAGUUGGAAAUCAAUGCCCUUCGCCAUAAAGCAUACCUUAUAGGUAUCACCAGAUCCUUAAUAUUCUUUGUUUCGCGUACCUCCACUUUCAUCAGUUUAAUGGGUUUUGUGAUACUUGGAAGUACUCUCACUCCACAAGUGGCCUUCUUGAUCACAGCUUACUACAAUAUCCUUAAAAUUACGCUGAGUAAUUUGUUUGCUGCUGCCAUAACUCAGACAGCAGAUUACAUGGUUUCCAUAAGGCGGGUCCAGAACUUUUUGUUACUAGAAGAGACAACUGAAUUGGACGCAGUGGUAGAACCAGAAAAGCUCGCCGGAGCGGAGAGAUAUAUACCACACUCCGAAAAAUCUUUUCAGAAUAGUCCGUUAGAUCCUCAACUCUCCAUAUCUGAGUUGAAAGCCAAAUGGGACCGAAAGGCACCUGAUUACACAUUGGAUGGAAUAAACUUGAAGGCUAAGCCCGGAAGCUUAGUGGCAGUUGUGGGUCUCACUGGCUCGGGUAAGUCGAGUCUGAUCCAGGCCAUUCUCGGGGAACUGCCCGUCGAGGCAGGAGAGAUCUUGAAAAGUGGAUCCAUAUCGUAUGCCGCCCAGGAACCGUGGCUCUUCUCCGGCACCGUGCGCCAGAACAUCCUGUUUGGUCAGCCCAUGGACCACCAAAGGUACUGGACAGUGGUGAAGCAUUGCGCCCUGGAGCGGGACUUUGAUCUUCUUCCACAUAAGGACAAAACAUACGUCGGAGAUCGAGGAGCUUCCCUAUCCGGAGGGCAGAAGGCGAGGAUCAGUUUGGCAAGGGCCGUGUAUCGGGAGGCCUCCAUCUACCUCUUAGACGAUCCCCUGAGUGCGGUGGACACUCAUGUGGCUCGCCACCUCUUUGAGAAGUGUAUCCGCGGCUACUUGCGCGACCGCAUUGUUAUCCUGGUCACACAUCAAUUACAGUUCCUUCAAAAUGUCGACCAGAUCCUGGUCAUGGAGAAGGGGCAGGUGAAUGCUGUGGGAACGUAUCAGUCUCUCCGUGGAAUGGGCCUAAAUUUCGCUUCCUUGCUGGCCGAUCCGGAAGGGGAAGAAGUGCGGGAGGCUGAUGCUCCACCAAGUGGGGAGCUAAAGAGCGAAAAGGCAGAAUCAUCUCCUAACCUUGCCGCGGAAUCUCGCCCAAAGGAACCCGAAGCGGAGCAGAUGAUUACCCAGGAGCGCCAAGAAGCGGGAAGAGUCGGACUGGAACUUUACGCCAAAUACUUCAGGGCCAGCGGAGGAUUCUUCGCCUUCUCCCUGAUAAUGGGCUAUUGUUUACUCUCGCAGGUUGUGGCUUCCACAGGAGACUACUUCCUUAAAUAUUGGGUCGCCAAGAGGGGCACGUUAGUUGAAGCUGGAAACUACACAGUUGUGGCCGGAGUUCUGGAGUCGCAAAUUUCUGUGUGGCUGAAUGAUUUGGGCUGCUCGGUGGUCCCAGAAACGGUGGUCACUUAUAUUUUCACAUUGAUCACAGCUCUGACCAUUAUAUUGAUAAUAUCCCGGUUCUUUGUGUUCUACAAUGCGGCCAUGAGGGCUUCCAUUCGGCUGCACGAGUCCAUGCUGCGGGGAGUCACUCGGGCCGCUAUGUACUUCUUCCACACGAAUCCGUCCGGACGAAUCUUAAACCGAUUUGCCAAGGACUUGGGGCAAGUGGACGAGGAGCUGCCUUCCAAUAUGGUGAAUGUCAUGCAGGUAUUUCUGGAUCUAGGAGGAAUAGCCUUUAUCAUUGCCAUUGUCAACCCAGUCUUCCUGCUACCAACGGUGGUAAUCGGAAUUAUUUUCUAUCAUCUGCGAGCCUUUUACUUGAAGACAUCGACGGAUUUAAAACGCAUUGAGGCAAUCACACGGUCUCCUGUCUACUCGCAUGUGAAUUCCACAUUGACAGGGCUUUCCACAAUUCGAGCCUUUGGAGCCCAGCGCAUAUUAGAAAAGGAUUUCGAUAGCUACCAGGACAUGCACAGCUCAGCCUUCUAUAUGUUUAUGAGCACAUCCGCGGCUUUUGGAUACUGGCUCGAAGUUCUUUGUGUUACCUACAUAGCAGUCAUUGCGCUCAGUUUCUUUAUUUUUCCUCCGGCCAGUGGAAGUGAUGUUGGCCUGGCCCUAACACAAGCUAUGGCAAUUACAGGAAUAGUCCAAUGGGGAAUGCGUCAGACUGCGGACUUGGAAAACACCAUGACUGCAGUGGAGCGAGUGGUUGAGUAUCAGGAAAUUGAGCCAGAAGGUGAGCUUGAGGCACCUGCGGACAAGAAGCCUCCGAACUCAUGGCCGGAGAAGGGAAAAAUUGUCUUCGACGAGCUCAGUCUGCGCUACGUGCCCGAUCCUAAGGCGGACAAUAUCCUGAAGUCUCUCAGCUUUGAGAUUGAACCUCGUGAGAAAGUGGGCAUAGUUGGACGCACCGGGGCGGGCAAGUCUUCACUGAUCAACGCCCUCUUCCGCCUGUCCUACAAUGAUGGAUCCAUCAUCAUCGACAAGAGAGACACGAACGCGAUGGGCCUCCAUGAUCUGAGGAGCAAGAUCUCCAUUAUUCCCCAGGAGCCGGUGCUCUUCUCCGGUAGCAUGCGUUACAACCUGGAUCCCUUCGAGGAGUACAGCGAUGAGAAGCUGUGGCGUUCUCUGGAGGAGGUGAAGCUGAAGGAAGUGGUGGCUGAUCUGCCUAGCGGUCUGCAGAGCAAGAUCACGGAGGGCGGGACCAAUUUCAGCGUGGGUCAGAGGCAGUUGGUCUGCCUGGCCAGGGCCAUUCUGCGGGAGAACCGCAUCCUGGUGAUGGACGAGGCCACGGCCAAUGUGGAUCCCCACACGGACGGCCUCAUCCAGGCCACAAUCAGGAACAAAUUCAAGGAGUGCACUGUUCUUACGAUAGCCCAUCGCCUGCACACGAUCAUGGACUCGGACAAGGUAUUGGUCAUGGACGCCGGACGAGUGGUAGAGUUCGGUACUCCCUAUGAGCUGCUGACGGAGGCAGACUCCAAGGUGUUCCACGAAAUGGUGAAGCAGACGGGGCAGGCUACCUACGACGCUCUGCUCCAGAUCGCACAAAGGUCCUUUGAAAGCGGAAAAAAUCAUCCGGAAGCAUCGCCACUUAAGUUAAAUUCCUAAAAUUGUUAAUAAAAUCUGUAAAAAGAA